UUACUUUGUUUACAUAUUUGCCACUGAAGUUCGAAGAUGGGUUCCGAGCAAAGUAGUCAUUCUUCUAGGUCUCAAAGUAUAAUUAAAUCAGGAACUACUAAACUAAAAGAACAUCAGCGAGCAAGAAGCUCGUCUCCUCGACCUUCCAUAAGUUCUGAUUCAGAUAUUCCAUAUAUCUCUUAUACUGUAAACAGACCUAUUGGAGAUUCGCCAAAGCUCUCUUCAAAAAGUCCUGCACAUAGUCUUCGUACAUCUGCUACUCCAUCACCCAGGUCAUCCCCUAAAGUUCCAAGACCUAAGUCUUAUGCUGGAUCAACGUCAGGACAUGAAAUAAUAGUUGUGAAAGAAGGGGCUCCAAGCAUGGACACUCUUGAAACAGAUACAGAACUUAUUCGACUACAACAAACACCGACAUUUCAUCCUAUUAUGCGGGGGACACUGAAUAUACCAACUGUGCAUGACCCAGAAGUACUCCAUAAACUUGAUCAUCAGAUUAUUUUGAAACUUUGUCAAAGAUACCAGGAACAUCUCAAAAUAUGUGCUGAAGUUGUUAGCACCGAACAAAAUGCAUUGACUCAGAGGAUAAGAGAAAUUGACUUUGCUAUUACAACAUUAACUAACAUGCUGGCAGAGCGUCAGAAAAAAUUUGCCAAGUAUGCUGAGCAGCUUGGGAAAGUGCAAGAAAUAUCAAAUAAUCUUCAGCGAUGCCAGUCAGGUCUGAAAGAAGUAAUCAAAAGCAUGGACACGUUGAAUAAUAUGCUGCCUCCUGAAGAAAGGUUGGAACCAUUUGUUAUGGUCACAGGAUAGGAUUGGGAAAGUGAAUGCUGUGGUGCAUUCACUGCGUUUAUUAAACCUGAUCAAUAAGAAGAAAUAUAGUUUAUAAAUUGACACUAUUAACAAAUGUAUUUAGAUUUAUUUAUUUGAAUUUAUUCUGAUUAUACAGGCUGUAACAGAAUCGAUGUUAACAAUUCUAAGAAUGUAUAGUAUACAGCAAAGGUAAUCAUUUUCAUACUGCAUUAUGUGGUGGAAUGUAAAGAUAAUAGAGUAACUAUGAAGAACACAGAGAAUGAAAAAUCAUUUUAUUCAUGAAGAGUGGCAGACCUAUAGCCAUAUAUAGGCUAGCUAUCUAUAGGCUAGGGGCGGAAAAAUGCAUGGUUCAGUAAAACCAUUGAAACUAUUCAUGCAAAAAAUUUGCAAACACAAAUGCUGAUUUUUGUUGCUUGACUUCUAAAUUAAUAGUUAAAUUGCUUUUGAAAAAACAGUUUUAAAAAUAAGGGAAAACAUACGUCUAUGUAAUGGACAAACAUAUAUUUAAAAAGGCUUAUUAAUCUGCCAUUUUUGAUGAUUUAAAAAAUGUUUUUUUUUUAACUUCUCUUUUUUUUUUCUCUGUGACCUUCUGAAAAGUUUCUUAUAGAUUCAUCAAAAUUAAUGCUUUUAGCCACUGCACCUUUAAUAGAAAGGAAUGCCAUACGUUAAAUUUUGCACAGCUCAUUGUUGAUCAAAGACAGCUUUUGAUCAACUUCAACUCUGAAAAGCUUUUCUCACUAAAAGCAACUAAAGCAUGCACUGUCAAAAAAGGGUAGGGAUAAGGUAGGGAGUGAUUCUUGAAAGUCCAUUUUUACAAUAAACUUUAACACUUUCAAAGAAGACAACUUUUCUACUUCAUAUUUUUUAUCUUCUUAUAUCUAGGUACAUACAUUUAAAAACUUAAACUUUCUUUGGGAUGCCCCUAGUCAUGGUAUAUGCAAGAACUAGCAUUUGAUAUUAACAAGAACUGUUCAAGUGAACAGUCGUCAAGUGCAAUACAUGCAUCACAGUGAAGGUGAAGUGAUUGGUAUACAUUUUACCAAUAACUUCACUUUCAUUCACUGCCACCAUACACUUAAGAAGAUA